AUGCCCAAAGCUGUGAAACGUACACUUGAGUUUUUCACCCUUGACCAGCUCAUCGGUUCCGAAUUCGGUUCUAUGAACUCCGACGAUAUCACAAAACUCGAAAAACUAUGCGUGAUUGCUGCAGACAGAAGCACGAAAUCCUUGUUCUUUCCCUGCGAUUUUAUCAUCGACAAAUGCAAAAUGGAAAGCACCAUCGAGGGUCUGAAGGAUCUGAAAGAGGAAGAGGAGGCGGAGUACUUCGCUACCACGUUCAAGCAAGAGAUCGCCGAGCUCAAGGAGGAACUGGAGGAGAUGAAGAAGUUUAUGUCCAUCCUCGAAAACGUGUUGGUUUCGCUGCGAUCCGCCCCCAAGCGAGCCAAGCUGACCGACCAGCAGUAA